UUUGGUGACAGGCAACAACCUCAGAGCUCCAGCGGCCAUUCUUCAGAAAACCUACAGAGAUCUCCCUACACCCACAGUGUUAGUCCCAUGAAACCAACGGUCAGGCAGGCUUAUCCACAGUUCCAGCAGUCAAGCAAAUUGAGAUCUGAUUUAGUAACCCAGAUUUAA